AAGAAAAAAAAUGGAAAAAAAAUACAAUAAUUAUACAAACAAUAUACCAUGCUACCGAUCUAUGUCAUGCAAAGAGAUUAAACACCUCAUACAUUGAAUGAUGCCCAUUGAGAAGUGAAUUCGUCCAAGCACAGAUCUCCACUGAUCAUCAUUUAUGUCGAAAUGGAGCUCUUCUGACCAAGCCACGCGAAGAUGGUCAGAUGUUGGCUCAAGAGUAGAUAAUAAAAGGUUAUACAUUUUGGAUAUUGUACCCUUCAGGGAGGGGUUAAUCCCAAUGAAAGUAUCAACCAGGGUGGCCAUUGGGACACUGGAAGGGUCAGGGAAGUGACGACAAAUAAAGUUACGAGCCUGGAGAUACCUGAAGAAGACCAGAAGUACUGAAGCAGUUCCCAGAGGACUACAUGGAACAGGAGACUCUACAAACGGUGCCCAAAUUCUGCUUCCCGUUCAACAUGGAGAGUCCCACAGUCAGCCAAGUCGGCCAGAACUUCACAUUUGUGCUGACCGAUAUCGAGAGCAAGCAGAGGUUUGGCUUCUGUCGUCUGUCUUCGGGUGCACACACCUGUUACUGCAUUCUAAGUUACCUGCCCUGGUUUGAGGUCUUCUACAAGCUGCUCAAUAUCCUUGCAGAUUACUCCGUGAAAGGCCAGGAAAGCCAGUGGCAGGAGCUUCUGGUCUUACUGCACACACUUCCCGUCCCUGAACCCGGAGAUCCCAUCCAUCUUGGAAUGCAUUCUUUCUUCAGUGUGCCUGAUAUCAGAGAGCUCCCCAGCAUCCCUGAGAACAGAAACCUAACGGAGUAUUUCGUAGCUGUGGAUGUCAACAACAUGCUUCACCUGUAUGCUAGUAUGCUGUAUGAACGACGAAUCCUGAUCUGCUGUAGCAAACUAAGCACUUUAACAGCUUGCAUCCAUGGAUCUGCAGCCAUGCUGCAGCCAAUGCACUGGCAGCAUGUUUACAUCCCUGUUCUUCCUCAGCACCUGUUGGACUACUGCUGUGCUCCAAUGCCAUACCUCAUUGGGGUACAUUCCAGCCUCAUGGAGAAAGUUCGAGGGAUGGCUCUUGAUGAUGUGGUGGUCUUAAAUGUGGACACGAAUACACUAGAAACCCCUUAUGAUGACCUCCAAUGCCUGCCCAAUGAUGUGGUUUCCUCUUUGAAAAGUCGUCUCAAGAAGGUUUCUACAACAACAGGCGAUGGUGUGGCACGCGCUUUUCUGAGGAGCCAGGCGGCUCUGUUCGGGAGCUACAGAAACGCUCUGCAGAUUGUGCCGGGGGAACCGAUUACAUUUAAUGAAGAAACCUUCAUCAACCAUCGCUCCAGCGCCAUGAGACAGUUCCUUCAGAACGCUAUUCAGCUGCAGCUUUUUAAACAGUUCAUUGAUGGGCGCUUGGACAUGCUAAACGCUGGAGAGGGGUUCAAUGAUAUCUUUGAGGAGGAGAUCAGUAUGGGUGAAUAUGCAGGUAGUGACAAGACUUACCACCAGUGGCUCUUCACUGUGAGGAAAGGUGGUGGAGCCAUCUUCCAAACAGUAAAGACCAAGGCCAACCCAGCCAUGAAAUCGGUUUAUAAGCUGGCCAAGGACCAUGCCAAAAUGCGCAUUAAAGAAGUCAAAAGUCGACUGAAACAGAAGGAGCAGGCAGAGAACGGCUUCUCCUCCUCUGGAUCGGGGGUCAGCGAUGAUUACAGCACAGCAGGGUUUACCUCCCUCUCUGGUGCCGUCCCACACGAAGCUUUGACCUCCUGGGACAACCAGGGACCGAUCACCUUGCACUUUGGACAGACUCGACCUCAAACGCUUUUGAAGAGGCCAAGCAGCAACGUGUGUCUGGAAAGCAGCUCUGACCACUCUGUCCAUCCCACUCGCCACUACACAGUCUUUCUGUCGGAGGAUUCAUCUGGAGACGAGCUGCACUAUGACAACGAAGCAGUCUCUUGCUUUCCCGACACUUUCCUCUUAUCGGUCCCGUUUGAUUGGUCUCCCCUACCACAGCCAUAUCGCUCCCUAAAGGAGGUGGACUUGAUUGAAGGGCCAGAAAGCCACACAGCCCCCCCCAGUCCAGUGACCGAAAAGUUCUCCAACAUGAAUCUGCUGGGUGACAUUUUUGGCUGCCAGGAAGAACCCGACAACCAGACCAUGUCUUUGGCAAAAAGCCUGGAAGACCUAAGAACUCCUAAAGAAUCCAAGGAGCUGCAAGCCAAGUUUGGCCAUCAGCGGAUGGACCUGGGUGAAAACUCUCAAACCUUCCCAGGCCUCAGACUCUUCAGCGCCAACAACAGGCUCAGUGCAAGGCAGGACAAACCCGUCCUACCUGUCAGAGUGCCUUCUACCUGCAGUGAGAUUCUGUCUGUCCAGGUUGAUGGGCAGUCAGAGGUAUCUUCCCUCAUCUGUGAUGGCCCUGCAGGACCCAGUGCCUUGGACCCCUCGGCUUCUGGAAAUAUUACAAUUCCUCGUCCCCAUGGAAGAAAGACUCCAGAGCUGGGAGGCGUCUUAGCUCCACCUUCAGCCCAGUCCCGCUCUAAGGUGACAGGCUUUGGGGAAGGAAGGACUACAUCAGGGGCACAAGAGUUCAGGCAAGCGCUGAGCAUGACCAAAGAUGGAGAUCUGCUGACGCCCACCCGGCCUGCGGAUGACAAUGGGGAUCUGAUCAGCCUUUUAGACCCCCUGAACAACUCGGCUCAGUCUAAUUUCGCUACAGUAGCAGACAGGGUGGAUCCUGCACCGUCUUCUGCUAACACAUCAGGACUACAUCCCAGGCCCUACUCACACGGCUUGCCUCCUUUUAGUUUUCACCCGCACUUGAUGCUGAACCCCUUUGCCUCGUCUGUGCAGCACUGUUCUCCAACUGUGAGUGGAAAUCCCUUCAGUGCUGUCUACAGACCUCCACCAGGUACUUACAUGCACCACUCACCUCAGCCGCUGCCCGCCUCCACACUACCAGGCCUUUACAGACAGCACUCACCCAGCAGUUCUACCCAGCUCACUAGUUAUGGACUUCCCCAGUCUGCUGUUGCCACCUCAGGUACCCCCCUGCCCCACUCCUUUGAUGGCAGUCAUGCUCUCCACAGCCCGGUGGACUCCUCAUCCGUCUUCAGCUCAUCCAUAAAGACACCAGAGAGGCCGACACAGCUGCAGGCAGACGGCCAGAAAUCCCAGGAUCCCUUUGGAGACCUCCUUAACAUGGCUCGACCAGUGACACCACAAAAAGUGAAAGUGGAAGACCUUCGAAGGAAGUGGGAAACAUUUGAGUGAAGCUAUAUAAGUCUGCCUUGAGCCUUGCUAAAGGCUAAUACUCACAUGAAGACGUUUGUUGUUGUUCUUAUAAAACUGUAACAACAUGAGCAACCUCUGGACAGAAGAUGGUAGUGUGAGCUCUUUGUUGGAGCGGAUUUACAUUUAUUAGUGCAGUAAGCAUUACAUUUGGCAAGUCAUUGAGAUUCAUUGUAAAGUGUUUGUUCCAGUAUCUUGGGUUUAAUAACCAGGGACACCUAAACUGUCAUUAUUGGUCAUAUUUUUUAGACUUUUGUGGCUCAAACAGCUGAUUUGAAUUUAAGAAGGGACUACAAACACAAAGGACUUGAUCAGCUUAAAACACUAGUUGACUGUUGACUUGUACAAAUCAUUUCUUGCAGUCCAAAAACAUCACCAAAAGUUGGGUUUCUGAGCUGGGAUUAUCUCAAUGAAAAGCCAAAUAAUUAUAGACGUUAGCAUGCUUCCCUGCCUCAGGCUACUUUAGCUCCACCAGCUACACUGGAGGAACUCACUCUACCAUCUAAUGUUUGGCGGCGUGCGCAUAUUCCAUCGCAAAAGUAGGAAUGUCCACACCACCAGGUCCCGCCCUCCAGAGCCUUGUACAAUCAAAACCUUGGCUUCAAGUUUCUGGAGAAUUGGUUCAUUUCAGAACGAGCCGUUGUCUGAUUUGACCCAGAAACACACAGACAUUCUUCGCCUGUCCCCUCCCCGUCCAGGUUUUCAGUUUCUAGUAUGACCUUCAAUGAUCCACCUCACAGCCAUCAAAGACAUUUACCAAACACUGAAAUAAGACGUUAGACUCACUCAUGGUGAGUUUUACCAAAUGCUUUAUUUGAUGUAAAAUCAUGAUUUUCAUUUUUUGUAAACUUUAGAGUCUGUGUGAAUAAAGUAGACCUGUGGAUGAAGCUGCUCCUCUCUGGUCGAGCAUUUAGAUCAGCCACUUACUAAAACUGACGUUUGUAUGGAAAUCCACAAUGGGGAAAAGUUUCAACAUCCGUUUUCGGUGGAGUAGUGCGUUAGCUCUGAACACACGUACAGAUGUUGGAUCAGCUGUAGAACCAGGUGUGAGUGCACCUGCUCUCUCUGCCACGUUUGCAGCUGUUUACGGGAACGGACGUCUCUGCACCUGAGUAAUCUGUAACUAACAACAAUCCUGACAGCAUUAUAGUGUGUUGUAGCUACUCAACAUGACACACAUUAGUCCUGCAGUUCACCUGCUAAUGCUUCUGCAGGAAUUCUGCUUUGAUGUUGGCCUUCUCUCCUUGACCUGUGAAUAUUUUCUGCCUUUCAUUGUUAUUUAAGAAGACACCUUGUAACGUCACUACAGGCUAUCCUCUGAAAUUAUUUUAAACGUCUCUGUAAAAUAAAAGCAUACGUGUAAUUUGGAGCUCUA